AUGGCAACUGGAGAUCAAGUGGUUUCACAACAAGUAGUUGACCAAGAUGAAGAUGAAGAAGAGUCAUUCUUUCAAGAUAUUGAUAUUCUGCAGAACCAUGGCAUAAAUGUAGCAGAUAUUAAAAAGUUAAAACAGUCAGGUAUUUGUACAAUAAAGGGAGUUCAGAUGACCACAAGAAGAAAAAUGUGCAACAUUAAAGGGAUCUCAGAGGCUAAAAUGGAGAAAAUAAAAGAAGCUGCAUCAAAGAUCUGCGGAGGAUCAGCUUUUGUAACAGCACUAGAAUAUUCAGAUAAACGAAAACAAGUAUUCAAAGUAUCAACAGGCAGUGAAGAAUUAAACAAACUGCUCGGUGGUGGAAUUGAGAGUAUGGCCAUUACAGAAGUAUUUGGGGAAUUCAGAACUGGGAAAACACAGCUUUCUCAUACUUUGUGUGUAACAUCACAGCUUCCAGGAGCUAAUGGAUAUGGAGGAGGAAAGGUUGUUUUCAUUGAUACUGAAAAUACAUUCCGUCCAGACAGACUACGAGAGAUAGCUGACAGAUUCAAUGUGGACCAGACUGCAGUCCUGGAUAAUGUUCUCUAUGCAAGAGCAUACACAAGUGAACAUCAGUACGAACUCCUUGAUUUUGUUGCUGCCAAAUUUUAUGAAGAACCUGGGGUGUUUAAAAUGUUGAUAGUGGAUUCAAUAAUGGCUCUGUUUCGAGUGGACUUUAGUGGUCGUGGAGAGUUGGCUGACAGACAGCAAAAACUGGCCCAACUUUUGUCCAGACUGCAGAAAAUUGCAGAAGAGUAUAAUGUAGCUUGCUUUGUCACAAACCAGAUGACAGCGGACCCUGGAGCAGCAAUGAGUUUUCAAGCAGAUCCCAAGAAACCAAUAGGCGGUCAUAUUCUUGCUCAUGCUUCAACUGUACGGGUUAUGUUGAGAAAAGGCAGAGGAGAAACCAGAAUUGCUAAAGUAUAUGACAGUCCUGACCUGCCUGAAAAUGAGGCCACAUUUGCCAUUAGUGGUGGAGGCAUCACAGACGCAAAAGAGUAA